UGGUGGGGGUGGGACUUCCACUUCCGAAUCGAGGCUGCGCAGCGACCCGGCAUUCCGCCCAGGCGUAGUGACUCUCUGAAAAUAGUGUCCGCGGUGGAACUGUGGGAAUUAUUGUCAUUUAAAAUAAAGAAAUAGUUAAUAUCCAGUUUCAUAUAGAAGUUUUGUACAGAAAUGGCUGACAACGAGAAAUUGGAUAAUCAGCGGCUGAAGAAUUUUAAGAACAAAGGCCGUGACCUGGAGACAAUGAGAAGACAACGAAAUGAAGUGGUGGUGGAGUUACGAAAGAAUAAAAGAGAUGAACAUCUGCUGAAAAGAAGAAAUGUGCCACAGGAAGAGACAUGUGAAGACUCUGAUAUUGAUGCAGAUUAUAGAAUGCAAAAUGCAUCUCUGGAAGCAAUUGUGCAGAAUGCUUCCAGUGACAACCAAGGUGUUCAGCUGAGUGCAGUGCAGGCAGCCAGAAAAUUAUUGUCAAGUGAUCGAAAUCCACCAAUUGAUGAUUUGAUCAAAUCUGGAAUACUGCCUAUUCUAGUUCACUGCCUGGAAAGAGAUGACAACCCCUCCUUGCAGUUUGAAGCAGCAUGGGCUCUUACAAAUAUUGCGUCUGGAACAUCUGAUCAAACUCAGGCUGUAGUUGAGUCUAAUGCUGUGCCUCUCUUUCUUAGACUUCUUCACUCUCCUCAUCAGAAUGUGUGUGAACAAGCAGUAUGGGCACUUGGCAAUAUAAUAGGAGAUGGACCACAGUGCAGAGAUUAUGUUAUUGGCCUUGGUGUGGUUAAGCCUUUACUCUCCUUCAUCAGCCCCUCAAUUCCUAUUACUUUUUUAAGAAACGUUACUUGGGUAAUGGUUAAUUUAUGUCGUCAUAAAGAUCCACCCCCACCAAUGGAGACUAUUCAGGAGAUUCUUCCAGCCCUUUGUGUUCUUAUUCAUCACACAGAUGUGAAUAUUUUAGUUGACACUGUGUGGGCAUUAUCCUACUUAACAGAUGCUGGCAAUGAGCAGAUUCAAAUGGUAAUAGACUCUGGUAUUGUUCCUCAUUUGGUACCCCUUUUGAGUCACCAGGAAGUUAAAGUUCAAACUGCAGCACUCAGAGCAGUGGGCAACAUUGUUACUGGUACAGAUGAACAGACACAGGUUGUUCUGAAUUGUGAUGCACUUUCUCAUUUCCCAGCACUUCUACAGCACCCUAAAGAAAAAAUAAAUAAGGAAGCAGUAUGGUUCCUUUCCAACAUUACAGCCGGAAAUCAGCAGCAAGUGCAAGCAGUAAUUGAAGCAAACCUUGUACCAAUGAUUAUCCAUCUUUUAGAAAAGGGGGAUGCAGGAACACAAAAACUGUCAUGCUGGUUGCUAUCAAACCAGUUUCCUCAGGGCAGGAAGGAAAAGGUGGCAUACUUAAUACAGCAAAAUGUAAUUCCACCCUUUUGUGGCCUGCUGACAGUGAAGGACUCGCAGGUGGUGCAAGUGGUAUUAGAUGGCUUAAGUAAUAUCUUGAAAAUGGCUGAUGAAGCUGCAGACACAAUAGCUAACCUUAUCGAGGAGUGUGGAGGUUUGGAGAAGAUAGAACAGCUGCAGAACCAUGAAAAUGAAGACAUCUACAAAUUAGCUUAUGAGAUAAUUGAUCAGUAUUUCUCAUCCGAUGAUAUUGAUGAAGAUCCUAGUCUUGUUCCAGAAUCCAUCCAGGGAGGAACAUUUGGUUUCAAUUCAUCUGCCAAUGUACCAGCCGAAGGUUUCCAGUUCUAGAAGAGAAAUCCUUUUGGGGGGAAAAGAAAAAAAAAUGCAGCACUGAAAAAGGUUUGAUCCAUCAUGCUUGGCUCAUGGGAUCCACUGCUGCAUUAAUCGGAAAGAAAAUGUGCAGAGUCCAUUUGGUAUCAGAAAAGUCCAAAUGAAGUCAAGAUGGCGAGUGGGUGCGAAUGAGAGUGAGUGGAAAAUGUUACGACAAAUAUCAUACCGAAUGCUUUUAGGUUGUACUCUGAAUAAGGGCUAUAGGUCAAGAUCAUCAGUGCCUGAGAAGGAACAUUAUGUAAGACUCGGCAAUUGGAAACAUGCAGUACAAUAUCAUCUACAAGUGUUAAGUGGAGGAGAAAUUGGAUACCCAUUUCUAGUCCAAGGAGGUUGAGCCCAGGCCUUGCCAUAAAGCACCGUGUGUAUGGAUCCCUUCAAAUGAGUGUCUGGACUCAAUCCUGUGGAGCCAGGCUCAUUUAUUCAAGCUAGGACUCUACAUUUUUGGAGCAGGUUCCUAGUCCUGAAAUGAAGUAUGUACGAGAGUGGAGUAUGGGUGUGAUGCUGUAUGUGAACGCAUGCAAACUUGAUUUGCCUAUAAGGGGCUAACAAUAAAUCCUGUAAACCACCAAAAUGAGUUUUUAUUGAUCUACACUGGACUUAACGACCGGUUUAGCAGCAGUGUUCUGUGUAAUGAUUUACAUAUUACUUGCAGCAGACUUUAGUUUACUUCUCCAAACCGUGUUAAUUGCCUUUUUUAUAUAUAUUUUUGUUUCAGAGUUGUAUAGGCUUGUAUUAUUCCUGUUGCUUGUAAACCUGAAAUAUGAAAAAUCAGAAAGGCUUCCCUGUGUAUUUGCACCAAAUAUUUAUUUCAUGCUGUGAAUAAUUUCCAUGUCAUAAUUGAAAGAUCUUUCAGUAAAGCAUUGAGCGAAAGUUUUCCUUAAAGAAAAAUGACUUAAUGUUGAGCAUCUUGCUUUGCAGUAAAGCCACCUUCUUUAUCCUGGCAGAGUGGCUUUGUAUUUUAAGGAAGCUGCAUAGUUUAGGUUUUAUGCUUUUUCAUCAGAUGUUUUGUAGAAGACAUUUCUUUGUGGACUACUGCACUGCUGAGAUGAUUUCAGAAUUUGUUUCACGAGAAAGAUAUGGAAACUUUCUUAAGAGGUUUGGUGCAAAUUUACUGCUGAACAAAGACUGAUAAUGAGGUGUGCUUAGAUGUACAAAUUAAUGGUCUUGAACACCUUUAAUAAUAUGCCUCAUCUGUUUGUUUUAGACUUAGAUAUUGGCAACCAUGAACAAUCUAUUUUGAGCCACUUUAGGGGAACAUGUAUUUUUAAGGCUUGCAUGCCAUGCAUUCAAGUUUUUUUUUUUAAUUGGAAUAAGUUGCCUCUGUUUUGAGGUUCCAGCACACUAAAUUAAGUGGAGAGUAAUGAAUUUGCAUAAAAUAAAAUAAAAAAUCUUUAAGGUGGCUCAUUGUAGGAGAUGCUGUGCCUUCCCCUUUGAGCACAAGUGUUGCAUGAACAAGUUUGCUGUAUUCAGAAACAUACAAGAUUAGCCACCAUAGCUUUUAUCUACUUUGUGUUUAAAGUUUGAUUGAUGAUUCAGAAACACUGUAGAGAGUAUAAAGAUUAUUUUGUGGUCAUAUUUUUGUUGAACAUGGGCUAUUUUUGCAGCAUUCUGUCAUUUGAAAUGCAGUUAAACUGAAAGAGAAGCAGCCGUGUACUAGCUUGUUGAACCUUUGGAUGACAGGCUAGGCUGUACUGGGGAAAUAAACGUUAAAACCCUA